AAAGUCGUGUUUAAAGCAGAUCUAACAGAGUUCCUGGCUACCGUGCAGAGAGAGACUGGAUUGGCUACUAAUGGUAUCCAAGACAUAGCGACAGACAGUCAGGGGUAUCACUACGUCCCUACUUCUUUUGGUGCCAAAGCACUUGCUAGGAUCACAGCUGACGGGGAAGUGCGCACCUGGUACGCGACGAACAAGAUUGGAACUCUUCCUCCAUACUUCCCUACUACCUACACCGGUCUCAUUUUCCAUACGCCUAGCAACAAGCUUAUUGUGACAGAUGGACCAGCUGGCACUUUUGUCACCUUUGAUACAAAAGCAGCUGUAGGCAUUCCGCAAAAUGUCACAAUAACCAGGCUUCCAUCAGACUACACUAAAAUCGCCUGUGAUGGGCUACUAAACCCGUCUCGAUAUCCAAAUCGCGAUGUCUUGCUCUGUUCUGAAAAUUUUCUAGGAAGCACAGGCUCGAUAACUGUCUUUACGUCUACGGAUGACUGGGUGUCUGCGCAAUACGCCGGCCGAGUCCCAAAUAAUGACCCUCGUGCCGCACGUAGCUUUCCUAGCGCAACAGUCGAGAUUGCCCAGUCGCUCUACAUCAGUCUGUUUUUCUAUGCCGACACGAACGAUACCAGUAUCGGUGGGAACCGGUCAUCCUUCCCCUUUUUUGACAUUACUUCGAAUGUUGAUGCGCUUGUGACUCCUUUAGGGGUUAAGAUCUCAUCAUAG